AUGGAUGUUCGACCAGCUUCACCAACACAUGCAUUCGACCCUUCCCCGGCUCUAGCACACGAUCUGGACAACUUCUCACCGCUGAAUCAAGAAGACACCGCCAUGGGUUCAUUGUCUGAAUUCGACGGCAACGAUGCCUCCGCUAAGAACGUCCGGUUUACCCAGAAUCUACCCAUGCACGGUCGUCACUCCAUUGCCACAACCCAUGUUCCCCUGCUUCCUCCUGUUGCUUCAGCAAGUCAGCUGCCAAAGCAUUCAUUUUCAAUCCACAAUCCUGUUCCCGGAGUUGAUAUUUCAGCCUAUAUCGACCAGUGUCGGAGGCUGAACACGCAGCUCCGAGAAACACAUGAGAGUGAACGAAGAGUUUGGGACAUUGAGCGAACAGCACUCAAAGCUCGUAUAAAGGAGCUGGAACAGAAGAUCAACCGAGCCAGAGAUCCCAAGCGACGGUCGAGCAACGACUCUUCAGCUGCAAAUAGAGAUUCAUUUCGGACAUCAUUCGCAUCAUACAAUGGCUUCAAUGGUCCAGCCCGUGGUCGCAUUCUGUCAGAGCCGGCGACUCACCUAGCUCAACCGGUCUGGAAAGGCCCCGAAUUUACACCACCCGUUACUCGAGUUUUCUCUCAUGACGACGACAUAGCACAUCUGCCAAGCAUUUCGGAAAAUGCACCACUCGCACCUCUGACGAAGGAGGUGUCUCCAACAUCUCAGGAGAGGGCAGAGAGUAUUCCGGUACCUAUCGAGCAAGUGGAUAAGACUCUCGACGGCAUCACACUCCGAUCGACAGCUUUGACCUCCUCCUUUAACAAAGUAGCGAGCCCUCAGUUCAUUAGUCCUGUACAGUCUCCUUCUCCCAGGCCUAAGCAUCCAGCAGACGGGUUAAUGCAAGUCGAGAUCAAAGGGCUCCUCUCACCGUUGGAUGAAAAAUUGAAGAGACAUGCUGGACAUACUCCAAUGGCUUUUGAUGGCACCGUCUCAAGCUCUGCGAGCUCAGAGCGCAUAACACCCAGACAAGAGAAGCCUUAUGCUCCGGUGCCAACCAGAAGACCACCCCUCCGGCCAUCCGAAAACUCGGAUUCUUAUUUUUCCUUCAGUUCCGAGGCGGGACGCCAUACAGACGUCAAGGAUCAAAUCAUUCAGGAAGAACCCGAAAUGGAGGAAGACCCUGUACAUGCCACGGAAGAAGAUCCAGCUCUUACGGGCCCACUGAUGCUUGAUCCUGGUGCCAAAAGUGAAGCUUCCAGUACAUUUCUGGGAUUGGUAGAUGCCAAACUCUCUGAGGCCGCAGCAGCGAGGCGCUCUAGAAAGGAUUCUUUGCUAUCGAACGGCAGUCAAGACACAGGAACUAAUGGGAGGGACGAAGCAUCAUCCGCUCAAGCAGACAAUGAUGGUCCCAAACUAAGGGUCAGAAACAGCACCAACUUUGGCAGCGCCUGGGGCCAGGAUGCACCAGGAUGUUCAUGA